GUCGCUCACUGACGCACGACUGGUAUGCAAACAUAAAUUUAGCAACAACGUGUUUGCCGGGCACAAAAUUCUGGAAGCGACUGUGAAGUGUCAUGUUGUCUCAAGAAGUCUUUUCUAAAAGUUUCAAAUAAGGAGCUGAAGUGAGCGGCGUUUCUGUUACCAAUAGUGCGACAAGCUGCCAGAGUUUACCCAACCAGCACCUCGCAUCAUAGUUCACACAAGGUGGCAAAGACAAUUGUAGAGAUGACACGAAAAAUGUUUUGGACAGUCGGACUUCUUUAUUUUGUUUUAUUUACAAAGGUAGAUGUGGAGGCCAGUGACGGUGACGCCGUGUUCAUCCGGGAGUUCACCCUGACCAGUCGUGACGACCCUCCAGGCGAUCAUCUCCAUGAAAGUCCCAGCAACCACAAGCCAGAAGACCCCAGCUCCCGGACGGCACGUUCAGAGGAGGACCGGGACACGCUGUGGGACGCCUGGGGCUCCUGGAGCGAGUGUUCCCGCACCUGUGGGGGAGGGGCCUCCUACUCUCUUCGCCGCUGCCUCAGCUCCAGGAACUGCGAAGGGCAGAAUAUCAAAUAUCGCACAUGCAGUAAUGUGGACUGUGCCCCUGAAGCGGCAGAUUUCCGCGCCCAGCAGUGCUCCGCCCACGCAGACGUGCGCUACGACGGACAGUACCACGAGUGGUUGCCGGUGGACAACGACCCCGACAACCCCUGCGCCCUCAAGUGCAGGGCCAAGGCGUCGGGCCAGGUGGUGGAGCUGGCUCCCAAGGUGCUGGAUGGCACGCGCUGCUACACCGAGUCCCUGGACAUGUGCAUCAGCGGGGCCUGCCAGAUUGUGGGGUGCGACCACCAGCUGGGGAGCACAGUGAAGGAGGACAGCUGUGGCGUGUGCAACGGAGACAGCUCUUCCUGUAGGCUGGUGCGAGGACACUACAAGUCCCAGCAUUCUUCCGGAAAGACUGAGGACCAGGUCAUCGUGAUUCCUUAUGGGAGUCGACAUGUUCGUCUGGUCCUGAAAGGCCCGGAUCACUUGUAUGUGGAGAGUAAGACCUUGCAGGGAGGGAAAAGUGAACUGGAUUUGGCAGCUUCUGGGCAGCAUCACCUGGAGAACACAACCCUGGACUUCCAGAAACUGUCUGACAAGCAGGUCCUGAGGAUCCCAGGCCCCCUGGGAGCUGACUUCUCCAUGAAGGUGCGAUUCACCAGCGGAGUGGACAGUGUGGUCCAGUUCAUCUUCUACCAGCCCAUCGUUCAUCGCUGGAGGGAAACAGACUUCUUUCCUUGCUCAGUGACCUGUGGCGGAGGAUAUCAGCUGACUUCGGCUGAGUGCUUUGACCAGCGGAGCCAGCGUGUUGUGAUGGACCAGUACUGCCACUACUACCCUGAGAAUGUUAAACCCAAGCCCAAGCUGCAGGAGUGCAACAUGGACCCCUGCCUGGCUAGCGAUGGCUACAAGCAAAUCAUGCCCUAUGACCUCUACCACCCUCUACCUCGCUGGGAGAGCAGCCCCUGGACGGCCUGCUCCACGUCGUGUGGCGGGGGCAUCCAGAGCCGCUCCGUGUCCUGCGUGGAGGAGGACCUGCAGGGCAGCGUCACCGCCUCGGAGGAGUGGAAGUGUCUGUACGCCCCCAAGACGGCCAUCAUGCAGCCGUGCAACACCUUCCACUGCCCCACCUGGGCGGCUCAGGACUGGUCGCCUUGUACUACGACCUGUGGACAGGGCCUGCGCUACAGGGUCGUCCUCUGCAUCGACCAUAGAGGUCUCCACGCCGGAGGCUGCAACCCCACCACCAAGCCCCACAUCAAGGAGGAGUGUCUCAUCACAGUCCCCUGCUUCAAGCCCAUAGAAACCCUCCCUGUGGAGGCCAAGCAGCAGUGGGCCAAGCAGGCCAUUGAGCUGGAGGAGGAAAUCGUUGUUUCUGAAGACCCCACGUGA